GUCUUGGUACUAGGCUCUUGAACGCGCCACAUUCAAGAUGGCGGCCUGAAAAGGAGUUCUUAUUUAGCAAUUUUCACAUUUUGCUUUAAUUUCUCCUACUCCAAGUAUGAAUUUUGGCAGAUUUCUCAUUGGAAAUACAGCUCGCGACUGCAGUAAAAUUUUCUAUCGAAAUUUCAACAAAAGAACUCAAAAAUUUGACUACAAUAAAUUGGUAAAAGUGAACAAACGUGCUAACAGAAAACCACGGUUAGAUCUAAUAUUGAAAGAAGAUGUCCCGAACUUGGGCGUUGCUGGUCAACCGGUACAAGUAAAACGUGGAUAUGGUCGAAAUUAUUUGAUUCUAAAUAGACUAGCUGUAUAUGCAACAGAAGAAAACAAAGAAAAAUACCUGGCAACUCAGACUGUGCAAGGAGGUACUGGCAGUCUGGUAUCUGAUCCAAAGAUUUUACCUUUCUUUGAAACUGCUGUGUUGAAGAUUCCAGUGAAAGAAGAAGUGGAACCAUGGGAGAUCACAAAACAUGAUAUCUCAACUCAAUGUCGAAAGAAACUUAGUGUUGUUGUGCCCAUACAUUGUGUUGAAAUGUCUAAGCCAAUCACAUCUUGUGGUGACCAUGUCGUCAGUAUUGUCAUCAAUGAAAAUGUUACAACUCAACUUAAAUGUUCGGUUGUAGCAAUUUAAUGGUUGAAAAAAAUUGUGUUGUUAACAUGUUUCAUAAAAAGGAUGAAUCUAAAAAGGCAUAAUUCUGCAUAUUUUUAUAACUCUUAAAAAAAUAAUUACAAAAGCUCUGGUCUACUCUGUGUUAUAUUUUGGUUUAAUCAGCAGCAGACACUUAAUAUGAAGGGUUAGGUGGCCACCAUAUUACCACCCACUGUUACAAGAUUUGUACAUUUGAAGUUAUACAACUGCAAUAAAUUUAACCCUUUGAGUGGCAAUACACCCUUUGGCACACUACUUUAUUAUUUUGCCUGCUCUAAUGCCAGACAAGGGGAGAGUGCUGCCACUCAAUGGGUUAAAGAAGUUAUUGGGGGUGCCACUGGAUUUAAUGCAUGUUUUCCUAAACAAAACUGGUGAUGUUUGGGAGUCUUAAACUGCUAAUACCAAGCACUUUUACUUCAUUGGUAAAAUAAAAAUAAUAAGAGACUUCAAUAGUGUGCAUCAAUGGUGAAACCAGUUCAAAAC